GACACCGCUUCUUCAUUCCCAGGGUUCCGUGAGAGCCGUUUGCCCCACCCCACCUCUACAGCGCUAUCUAUCUCAAUGUACAAUUCUCUGAGAAAAAAAACGGGGGCAAAAAUAAUUCAGAGAAACACCGCGAACGGAGCAACUCUCACCCUCCAGACCGGCUCAACGGAGUGGCCGCGGGCUAUCGGCGCCGAAAGCAACUGCCUGUCUCCGUUUGGAUGAAGUGAGUGAAAAAAAAACCACCGCGGUAUGUUCAUGUAUCAUGCACAUGUAACCAUUAUCUGCCGUACGGAUUCAAAGGGAAUACAAAAAGGCGAGAGACUUGACAGCGGACUGUGCUCCUGCUGCUGCUUGCGCCAAAACGGGGGACACAGCGGAGGAUUUCCACGAAUAUCGCCCGGAUAUUUGGUUGCGGAGACGGACAGCCAGCUGCCGAGAGCUGCCUGUGCUCGGUCGGAGAAGAUUUCCGAUGUGAGGAGAAACACAAAUUAACGCUACAGAGAGAAAAAGGACGGACUAGGGGCCUUUUUCCUUUUCUAUUUUUUUUUUUUUUUUGUUGAUGUUGGUCAAAUCCUCCUUAAAAAAGACAUACACCCGCAUCUAUUGACCGAAGACAGGACUGAAUUUUUGGCACAGGAUAUCACCAAUAAGGUGCUGAGAACCUUCCUGAUUAAAAUAAAAUGUGAGAGAUUUUGGAAGAAGCCCCGGUGUAGCCUGAUGUUUCACAUGCCGUCAUUUUCAGAGGAAAUAUUUAUUUUUUAAAUUUCUCUCCCUCUCUUCCUCUAACGUUCCUCUGUUUAUUUGAAACUGAAUUGCAAUCAGUUCGAUUAAUAAACCUAAAUAUAUAUUUUUAAACAAGAAUAAUUAAGAAAGAGAGAAAACAGAAGUCUGUUUGAAAUGGAUUGAAUGGCAGUGGGAGUUAUCAGCCGAAGAUGGGCUCCUGAGGGGACAUUUGCUGAGAAAAUCUAAAAAUAUUUGCCUCAUCAUUAUAAAAAAUAUAACAAAAAAAAAAAGCAAAGCCCGGUGUUUGAGAUCCAUACGCCUUGAAGGAAUCUGGGGCGCAGAGAUUCAUUCAUGAGAAGCCAGAAAGCUGGAAAUUCCAUAUCCACUCUCAUAUCAGUGUUGAUGACUUCAUUGCGGAUUUACAGUGAAAAACACGGGAAUCAAGUGUUUGAGAGGGCGGGAUCGUUUGCUCCACUUCUGAUCUCUCUCGGCUGAUGGUUUUCCAGUAAAAACCCACAUCCAUAAUAAAACGCCUCGCAAAGUCUACUACCUGACAUCUGCUUCUGUUGGGGGAUCAUAGAUGUUACCAAUUUUGAGCCAGGUGUUCCUCUGAUGGUCCAGAUCAAGAAUUUAGGAUUCUUAAAAGCAUCUAGCCAUCCACGCACCUUAAAACCCGCUUUGAGCCCAUAGCUGGAUUUCUUUUGCUUGUUUUUUUUCUUCCAAUAUAUAUUGGGAAGAUGGGCUGUCUUGGGAAUAGUAAGACUGAAGACCAGCGAAAUGAGGAGAAGGCUCAGAGGGAGGCGAACAAAAAGAUAGAGAGGCAGCUGCAAAAAGACAAACAGAUAUACCGGGCAACUCAUCGACUUCUUCUAUUAGGUGCCGGAGAAUCUGGGAAAAGUACAAUAGUUAAGCAGAUGCGAAUAUUGCACGUGAAUGGCUUCAAUGCAGAAGAGAAAAAACAGAAAAUUCAUGAUAUCAAAAACAACAUAAAAGAAGCUAUAGAGACCGUCGUGGCUGCCAUGAACACACUCACGCCUCCAUGCCAGUUAGCGUGUCCUGCAAACCAGUACCGGGUCAAUUACGUCCUGAGCCUAGUAAACCAGAAGGACUUUGAUUUUCCUUCAGAGUUUUAUGACCACACAAAGACUCUCUGGCAUGAUGAAGGUGUGCGGGCAUGCUGGGAAAGAUCCAACGAAUAUCAGCUCAUCGACUGUGCCCAGUACUUCUUAGACAGGAUUGAUGUGGUGAGGCAGAACGACUACACCCCCACGGAUCAGGACCUCUUGAGAUGCAGAGUUCUGACAUCUGGGAUCUUUGAAACCAAGUUUCAAAUUGACAAAGUUAAUUUCCAUAUGUUUGACGUCGGAGGUCAGAGGGAUGAACGCCGAAAAUGGAUCCAGUGUUUUAAUGAUGUGACAGCCAUCAUCUUUGUGGUAGCAAGUAGCAGCUACAACAUGGUGAUCAGAGAAGACAAUCAUACCAACAGACUACAGGAAGCACUCAAUCUGUUCAAGAACAUUUGGAACAACAGGUGGCUACGGACGAUUUCAGUAAUCCUCUUCCUGAACAAACAGGAUCUUCUAGCUGAGAAGGUUUUGGCGGGAAAAUCUAAAAUCGAGGAGUAUUUUGGAGAAUUUGCACGCUACACUACGCCUGAUGACGCAAUACCAGAGCCAGGAGAGGAUCCCAGGGUGACCAGAGCAAAGUACUUCAUACGGGAUGAGUUUUUGAGGAUCAGCACAGCCAGUGGGGACGGACGGCAUUACUGUUACCCGCACUUCACCUGCGCCGUCGACACAGAAAACAUCCGGCGCGUCUUCAGUGACUGUCGGGACAUCAUACAGAGGAUGCACCUACGGCAGUAUGAGCUCUUGUGAUGCGCAGCUUCGCCAGGACCGCCCUACUUACCCAACGACCACCCGCCUCACUACGACCAGUUAGCCAAUCACCUCUUCACUAUUACCAAAUUCACCUAAACGGCCGAUAAGCCUGACCUCUCCUUUCCUCCACCCGAUCCUCCUGGUAAUCCAACACAUAACCACGGAAAAGUGGGAAGACUUUUUACCAUCGGCUGUCAGCCUCUCAUUUAUACGACCAGCCACUCACAGGUACACAUGCACUACAGAAUAAGACAUUCAGACCCUUGAAUAUUGCAUAAUCAUGACCCUCUCCAGCCUCUUGCUCCAAUAGUUAGCAGAGGAAUCUGCUCACAUGCAGGAGUUUAUUCACCGCGUGCUGACGAGAACAGAUGGACUCAGAUAGUGGCAAGCUGAAACAGAGGAGUGGCUAUCAGCUGUUUGGGUUUUUUUGUUUUGUUUUGUUUUGUUUUCUCCUGUGCCCGACAUGGACAGACUAAUUGAUUAAUGGCUGCCUGCGGACGUGAGCGUGACUUUGAGAUGAAGCCACGCUGCUCUUAUGGACUGCUCUUCAAGAAACUAGUCGAGGAAACACAAGCAAACAAAAAAAUAUCAUACGAUGCAUAAGAAUCAUGCAUACCAAUUAACUUAAUGCAGUGCAAAAAAAAUCCAAGCUAUAUAUAUAGAUAUUUAUAUAUGUGUGUAUAUAAAUAUGUAUAUAUAUAUAAAUACAUAUAAAUAUAAAUAUUAUAUAUUCCUGUAAUAACACAAUUCAAGUUUUAAGUUUUUGUUAGUUUUUACCCCAUGUUUGUCAGUGUACACAGUGUGUAAGAUCUGCCUUUGUGCACCAUUUAACCCCCCAUCCCACACACACACAUGCACACACACACGCACAUGCACCAACAUGUUACUCUACAUCCUUGUCCCUAUUUACCCCUGCUGCUAUUUGUCAACUAUUUAACGUGGAAAAUAAAGAACAAGUUUGACUUAUUGAGGAUAAACGGCAACAGAAAAUCAUGACGUUAAAGAUUUGCAGAGACUGGAUGCAAAGUUUUAUAGCUGGGCACACACACUCAUAUCUACACACACGCACACAGAUGAUCCUCAUCGUCAGCUCCCUCCUUCCUCUCCCCUUGUCUUGUUCUGUCACCUCCUCCUGUUCCCUGCCCGGCUCUAAGUGCGUUUGUCUUUUUAUUUUCUGCUGGACUAUUAUUCUUGUACAGACUGUAAAAUGUAUUAUUUUGUACAACUUUAUUGAAGAAAAGAAAAUAACUUGUAGAAGAUCCCUGUGCCUUGAUCACGACUGUACGUGUGAAAAAUGAGCUAAACAUGUAAGUUAUGUUUCACUGCGCUGUACAUCUGGACGGGUCGGUGCCGCCACGUCCGGACCAGCUCACCCGACCCUCCGUCCCGCUGCCGCUGCUGAGCGAGAUGCGAAUGGGGAGGAGUGUUCGGUCGGGGAGGAGGCCUUUCGUCUGUUGGUUAUUUACAUUGUUUUUCCACAUUUUGUUUGUUCAUUGAUUAUUUUUGUUCUGCUUUGACUCCUCUCUGGUUUAUAUAAUAGGAAUUUUAAAAAGUUGAAAAAAGGAAAACUCAGACACACCACCUUAAUGCUGUGUAGUGACAAUACUGACACAAUUUAAACAUUUUAUAUAUAUAUAUAUACAUAUAUAUAUAUGUAAUAUGGGUAUUCAUUUUUUGUUUCUUAGUUUUUAACUCUUUUGAGGGAGAGGGACGUAUCAAGUGGGAAAAGUUUUUUUUUGUUUUUUUUUUACAUAAAACAAACUGUUCUUUGCUUCUAAAACAGUUAUUUUAGUGUUUGGUUCAGUCCACAUUACAUUCACACAAAGGCUAAAGCAGUUUUAGUAAAACCCAGUUUUAUGGAGGUCAUGGUGCGUUCUAGUUGCAGAGUUCAUACUCAGUCUGGACCUGGCUGGUUCUGACUUAGGUUUUUUUUUCCUCACAUGGGUAAAUAUGGAAGAAGAACAUGAUUAUGGGAGAAAUAUUUGUAUCAUCACAUUUUCCUGAUCCUGUUGUGUAAAGGUUCCAUUUGCCUUUUUAGAAAUUUCAUGCAUUGUUCACUUAGUCCAGAGGCCUGCAACCGUUACAAUCCUCAGAACUAAAUGAGACUUGUUUAGAUCCUAAAAUGUAACACGAUUCUUAAAAAAGACCCCUUAUUUUUGAUUAAUAUCAAGUUCAGGAAUUUUUUUAAAGGACCCCAUUUUCUGUUUUGAUGUUUCAAAAUUAAGAUUAUCAUUCAUUCAUCUAGCUAGCUAGCUGUUUGUCCCUUUAUCAAUCACCCAUCCAGCUAGCUAUCAUCUAAUCUUUUUUCUCGUCCAUUUAUAUUCUCAGUUUGUAGGUUCCGUUAAAGAAAUUAUUUAUUAAAGGAAAACUCAGGAAGAGACUAUAUCUCCUCUGCCAAGGAGCAGCCAAAAUGUAAUUCAUGAACAGGAUAGAAAAGCACAAUUCUAAAAAUAAACACAUUCAUCACUCUAAGCACUAUGUCUUAUAGCUCAUAAAAUUAUGAAUACCUCUUUAAACAAUCUAUGUAGAUACCAAGUAAAAAGUAAAUUAAUUGGCCUAGUUAAAUUAUCUUGUAAAGCUGAAUCAAAUUAAGAUUUUUAUGCUUUUCUAUAUUGCUGUAGUUUUAACUGCAUAACCAGGAACUAAACCAGAAGUCAGCAACUUUUGUCUUGCAACUUUAUUGGCCACAUUUUGCUGAAAUGAGGAUCAUAAACAAUCACUGUGAAUAGAAGAAAUCACUGAACUGCUGCUUCCUGUUGCCCUUUGAUCAGAAUAUUUUUGGAUCAAUAACCCAGUUGUCUUUCAUCAGAUAAAGAUGGCUCUAGAAGAGCUCAAACUUCAGAUGCCAAACAUUAAAGUGCUGUAAUAUUAUUUGACUUGUUUCAAACCAACACAUUGCCAAAUCAUCUGGCUAGCUUUUGAGAUUCAAUCCACCAUUUACUUUUGAAAAAGUUUUAAAUCUGAUUUCUGUAUUUUCCUGAUCUGGAUAAGAUUCAAAAAAGAAAAAGAGGACCAUCAAAUAUUUGUAUUUUCAAAUUUUAGUCCCUGGCCCAUUGUCUGAAGUUAUCGUCUUCCCUUUGUGUUUUUGCCUUUCUUCCUUGUGUCCUUCCUCCCUUGUAACCUUCCUUCUUUUUUUCGGUCCUUUCCUUUUGUACUUUCUUGUCCUUCCUUUUUGUCUUUUAUUUCUCACUUUUGUCUUCUCUUUGUUCUUUUUGUCCAUAUUUUCUACCUCUGUUCCUUCAUUGUCUCCCUUCCUCCAUACUCUGUUUCCAUUUUUCCUCCUGUGUGGCAUCCUGUCCUUUUUGGAAAUUUUCUUUCUUGUUUCUUCUGUUUAGUUUCCUUCUGUAAAGUCUGCUGCCUUUAGAAAUAUCAUCCACAAAUUCACAGUAAAUUAACAAAAACAGAAAACUUAAAAGGAACGUGAAGGAACCCUGAAUAUGUUUGCAGCUCAACAUGCAUAAUGUCCCACAGGCUACAGUCAUAAAUUAGUUUAAUUUAAGCUCUGCAACAAAAAGCCUAAACAUGUUUAACACCAAUGAGACAGAUUUGCAAAGUUCUCAUGGAUAUUAGUACAUAACUUUAACUUAUUUUACACCUUUUAAGUACAAGAUCUGAUUACAUGGAUGUUACAUUAGAAUGCAACACAUUUACUGAAGACUAUGGAUGCAAAAGGCCUCUUUAAAAAAGCAGGCUUUUGUGCUGUAGUUCAUCUUUCAGUAAGUCCUUUCUUUGCCACAUCCAUAAGCCUGGAAGCUGAUGAAGAUCAGCUGUAAAAUAAACUGUUAGUUGUGUUAGUUCAGUCCUCAGUUUACUCCUGCUCUUUUAUCAAGAGAUCUGGAAAUAUGAGUUUGCUUCUGCUUUAAAAAAACAUCGGAUUAGGCCUUUUCUGGCAGCAUAAAAUACAUUAAGCAGAGAUCUGGUGAUUCUGCACCAUAGCAGCACCUAUUGUAUUAAAAAAACAAUGUUCAUCUUUCCUCCUGUUCUAAGCAGCCUGUAGGAGUGAUGCACUUUUGAUCGUUUGCUAUAUUCACGUUUGUGAAAUCAAUUGAACAAAUCUGCAGUUUAUUUGUUUUGAGACUUCAAUUUCAGUUCAAUAAGUAGAAAAAAGUCAAUGUUGGUGUUUAUUUCUCAACCAGUUUGUGUAUUUUUUUAUUUAACCAUUAUUUCACCAGGAAUUCCUUGAGAUAAAAUCUCUUUUUCAAAAGAGACUUGGCCAAAAGACACAGUUAUAGAGUAUACAAAACAAUUACAAAGGUACACGUUUUAAAGUUUUUACUAAAGGUUGAUGUGUGGACUA